AUGCCCCAGUUGUUGAACUGUAUGGUCUCAGUGGUCAACCGGGACGACCUUGUUCCCAGACUCAGCGUCAACAGUGUGCAAGGCUUGCUGGAGAGCGUCUUGUGCCCGGGACAAGUGGCCAAGACUCAGGCUUGGAUGAAGGAAGAUUGGCAAGCUGUGAAGGAUUUCGAGCGCAUCAUUGAGCUUCGGCGACGUGGUCAAAAGGAGGCAGAAGGUGAUUCGUCUGCCUCGCCAAGCAACGACGUCACAGAGGAUGAAUCGAUGAAGCUGAUGAUGCUGAUGGAGGCUGGGGUGGAUCGGACCCGCGCGCUGCGCGCCCUGCGAUCGGAGCAUGGGGAUUUGAACAGCGCCAUGUUGAGGGCCACUGCGGAGAUGGAGACUUCCGAAGCAGCUGAGGCGGAGGCGUGA